UCACAGCCCACUGAGAGCUGCCAGUCUUGGCUGGGUCGAAGGCAUGUAUCUGACCAUCACGUGCAGAAGGGCAAUGAAGGCCCUUGUCAUGGAAACCAGGACCCCUGAGUUGAGUUCCUUGAGCCGGGACAAGCUUUCAGGGAAGAGCCUACUCUUCUCUUUUCCAGUUUGCGUUAAUUCUGAGAGAGGGCCCAUGGCGGGCCGCUGUGUCCACAUCUGGUCAGUGCACACAUACAGCCCUCCACAUAGCUGGGCGCUUAGUCCUCUGGGGUCUCACACCUCACUCAGCUGGGGCCAGCAGAGCACCAGGAGGGCCCAGCAACAGUGGGGUGGGUGCUUCCUCCAGACCACAAAGUGAAGAGGAGAAGAUGAGCGGGCCAGACUUUUUCCCUGGUAAGGGUCUCACCCUAACUCUAUGGAGAGAGGUAUGGGUGGGCCUAUCUGGGAGUCCUGGGACACUCAGGAAGGUACCAGGUGGACCCUGCUUGCACCCCUGCCCCAACCCCUAAAUUGAGCCUAUGGCCCUUUCUCUGCCCCUGGAUCCGCAGUCCUCAACCUGCCCAGCCACCAGGGAGUGGGGCCACCCUCCCUUCCUGUCCAGACUGAUCUGAGGCAGAGGCAGAGUUCAGGUGUGGGACAGGGUUUUUCAGGCUCGAUGUCCUAUCCCUUGGAGGACAGGCCUCCCAGGCUUUCCACACUGGGGAGGCUGCAGGGGCAAGAGAGGGGCAUGAGCCCGGAGGUGCUCUCCAUCCUCCUGCUCCUCAGAGGCACAGAGGAGGGUGCCCCCACCACAUCGACCACUUGGCCUGCCCCACGAAGGGCUGUCCUUAAUCUCAUGCCCAACCAGCCCUACCUGUGUUGGCUUUUAGCGCUUGGCCUUGUGCUGCCUGACCAUUUCUCCUGUCCCGACACAGAGGGCCUGACCAGAGUGAAGCUGGCCUACACCAGGCCUGCCUCUGGUGUCUCCGGGGUGAGCGAGGCCAUCGCUGGGCACUCCUCCCUGGGGUUUGGCUCCUGCCCAUGGCUGACAGUGGAAAUCACAAUCUGCAGAGCUGUAGCCCAGCUCUGCUCCAAUCUAUUUUGGACAUCUGGGCCCCUUCCUCUCUGGGAAGGGGCCCCCGACACCCCUCCUGGUCUGUUCAGCUGGUGCUUAAACUGAAGCUGAGGUUGGGUCUCCAAGAGGGAGUGAGUAGGGACUGGGGGACUGUGGGUGACCCCUUAGGGAGGGGUGGGGGACAGGACAUCUAGAGGCUGGGAAUCCUGGUUACCACCCCCCACCCUUCACUCUCGGGGCCUGUCUAGGCUGCCCCAGCUCCAACCACAACAUCCUUUGGGGUUUGGCCUAUAGAUCUUGGGCGGAUGACCUCCAAAUAGCUCUGGCAGAUUCCCCUGUGACCCACCCUGGCCUCCAGGGCACAGCCCAGAGAGUAUAAAUGGUGCUGGUGGCUGAUGGAAACAGGCCAGCUGAGUCCCAGCAGCAGACCGAACACAGGCUCUGAGACACCAUGAGGCCCCUCAUGCUCCUCGCCCUCCUGGCCCUGGCCGCACUCGCCCUUGCUGGCCAGGCAGAUGCAAAGCCCAGCGGUGCAGAGUCUGGCAGAGGUGCAGCCUUCAUGUCCAAGCAGGAGGGCAGUGAGGUAGUGAAGAGACUCCGGCGCUACCUGGAUCACGGGUUGGGAGCCCCAGCCCCCUACCCAGACCCCCUGGAGCCCAAGAGGGAGGUGUGUGAGCUCAAUCCGGAUUGCGACGAGCUGGCUGACCACAUCGGCUUCCAAGAGGCCUAUUGGCGCUUCUACGGCACAGCCUAGAGCUUGCACCCCUGCUGGCCCCCCAACCCACUUCCCACUCUGGCUCUUCUCCAUGACCCUUUCUCUUCCCCUCGCCCUGACCUCCCUGCCCUACAAGUGUGGGGUCACCAUCCGCCCAGCUGCUCCAGAAUAAACUCC